AUGUCAUUUUUCCUCCCGACCGUCUCCGCGCUACGGCGUACUACGCUCCAAAAGUCCUCAUUCCCUCCUUAUCUGAUCCAUUACACGCGUGGCGCACGCUUCUGGGGUGGCUAUAAAGCGGCUUCAAGUUGUUUAUCGACGACAUCCAUGGCGAAGUCUGAACUCAUCUUUGUCACGGGCACAUCCGGCUUCCUAGGCUCACACAUCGUCCAGCAGCUUCUUGAGAAGGGCUAUCGUGUCCGUGGAGUCGCGCGUGGGGAAAAGGCCGAGCAGCUGAAAGCUACAUACGCGAGUUUUGGCGAUGCGUUUGAGGUCGUGAAGAUCUCCGACCUUGCCAGCGACCAGUUUCCUGAGGCGCUUGUCGGUGUUGACGGGCUACUGCAUCUUGCGACGCCGAUGCCAGGGCGGGUGGGUUUUGAGGAGCAACUACAGAAAGCGGUUGACGGUACACUGAAUAUUGUGGUGCAAGCGGAGAAGGCUGGUGUGAAGAAGGUCGUCGUGACUAGCUCAAUUGCGACGGUGAAGAACAUGGCGACGGGCGAGGGUAACACGGACAAAGACUGGAAUCCAAUUACGAAAGAAUACGCGCUUGCCAGCAAGAAUCCAAUGGUCGUCUACGCUGUUUCCAAGACGUUGGCUGAGAGAGCACUCUGGGAUUGGGCCGACAAACAUCCACAUGUCGACGUUACCACGCUCAACCCCACCUUCUUCUUUGGCCCUUUCACCAAGUAUUACCCUAUCCCCCCCACCCCCGCCGAACAAAACUUCAGCACCAACUUCCUCGUGUACAACCUCCUGUUUAAGGAUGGCGCCUUCCCUCCCCUUGCCACGACCUAUAUCGAUGUCCGUGACUCCGCAGCCGCUCAUGUCGCCGCCCUGUCCUCCCCUCCGACCGCCCAAGUUGGAAGAAAGCGCAUCAUCGUCUCGUCGCCGACGGGCUGGCCUGUCCGAAAGAUCGCUGAGUUCCUUGCCGAGCAGAGACCAGAGGUGAAGGACCGCCUCCUCGAGGCGAUGGCUCCAUCACAAAGCGAUGUACUCCCCGUCGACUGGAAGCGUGUCGAAGAAGUACUCGGGCUGAAACCCGCGGACUUCAAGAGCACGGAGUCGACCUUCCUGGAGACCGUGGACAACCUUUUGAAGAUUGAGGAGGGCUGGAAGGCGAAGGGCUGCGAGAUCGUGCGACCGUCGCUGGGAUAG